AUGGGCCGAAGAAAGAGGAGCGAAAACUACCAGAUAAGAGUAGAAGAGGACGAAGAUGCAAUGGUGGAAAGAGUUAGAGAGGAAAGCAGGAAGAGGAGACAGGCAAUCCUGGAGAAGCAUGCACUAGAAGAAGGACAAAUAGUAGAACAGGAGAGUGUUUCUCUCGGCAACCCUGUUCCUCAUGACACUGCCAAGAUCGCCAGUAAUUCUUGCGACAAAUCAUCGAGUCCUCCAGCUCAAGACAUGUUUACGGAGACGCCACUCGCAGAAAUCAUAAAUCCGGAGGCUUCUGGACAAGGGGUAAGGAACGACAACCCCGACAAUUGGCACGAUCAAGAGUUCUACUACAAGGCCCGGGUUGGCGAGACAAUCAACUCCAAAUACCAGGUGAAGGCAUCCAUAGGAAGCGGGAUGUUCUCCACGGUUUUCCUGGCUAAGUCCCUUUUGCCAGAGUGCCAGCAGGAGGUUGCCAUCAAGAUCCCCCGGAAGAACGAUCUCAUGCUCCGGUCUGCAAAGUCGGAGCUCCAGAUCCUCAAAAAGGUGGCGGAGCCGGAGGCCACGAACAAAGACAACCACUGCGUGAAGCUCCUCGACAGCUUUGUGUAUCGCGAGCAUCUGUGCCUGGUGAUGGAGUUCCUGGAUCUAAACCUCCGGCAGAUCACAAACAAGUACGGACGAAACAGAGGUAUCAAUCUCAAAACCAUCUGUGUCUAUGCUCACCAGCUCAUGGUUGCCCUCCAGCACUUGGCCCAUUGCGGUAUCUUGCACUGCGACAUCAAGCCUGACAACAUCAUGGUCACAAAGUCCCGGAGAUCGAUCAAGCUGUGCGACUUUGGGGUGGCCAUGUUUGCGAGGGAUCAAACCCCGUCCGCGGAGACCCCAUACCUGGUGAGUCCGAGCUACCGGGCACCGGAGAUCAUCCUCGGGGUGGCUCCCUACAGCCACCCAAUCGAUAUGUGGUCUGCCGGCUGCUGCUUGUAUGAGCUCUACACGGGCAAGUUCCUCUUUCCUGUUGCUACUAACAACGGGCUUCUCAAGCAGCAAAUGGAGCUCAAGGGGGCGUUUCCAAAGGCGAUGUUGAAGAAAGGAGCGUUUACGGGCAUGCAUUUCAACGAGAACUUUGAGUUCCGGCAGCUAGAUCCCGUGACAAAGCUGGAAACUCUGAGAAGUAUGGCGUCCUUCAAUGUUAAGACAAGUUGUAUUUCAGAUCUUACAGGGGAAGAUGGAGCGCUGAUGGCGAGAUUCAAGAACUUGUUAGAGAGGAUGCUUACUCUAGAUCCCAGUAAGCGAAUAACUCCUGAUGAAGCUUUGAAGCAUCCAUUUCUUAAGUCAGUUUGUAAAUAA